CUUGUGGCCGCGACAGAUCAGGACGUCAUCAAUGCUGGCAGGUCAGGUCUGCGUCCCGAGCAUAAAAAACCUAGCUAACCGUGGAAAAGCGAGCAGCCAUCCCCUUUCCCCGAGAAGAAGGAACACUCGCCUUUAACAGAAGUCAAACCGAAUCGUCGAAGAACCGAUAAAAUGAAGAGGCGGACACACGUCGGUUUUGUGCUGGUCUAUUCGCUGGUCUCGUAUUUCUGUUCGUGCUCGGCGUUCUAUCUUCCGGGUUUAGCCCCAGUGAGUUUCUGCGAAGAAGGCCAAGCUGCUGAAGAUUGUCAGUCACUGAUACAGCUGUUUGUCAAUCGCUUGGACUCAGUGGAGUCAGUCCUGCCUUACGAGUAUGACGUGUUCGACUUUUGCAAAGAUGCCAAGGAAAUGAGGCCCUCGGAGAACCUUGGGCAGGUGCUGUUUGGUGAGCGAAUUGAGUCUUCACCAUACAAGUUCAACUUUAAACAAGAUGUUAAAUGCAAGGCGGUGUGCACAAAAAACUACAAGAAGGGCACCCAGGAGGAUGCAACCAAACUCGAUUUUCUCCAGAUGGGAAUGCAGCUGAAUUACCAACACCACUGGAUCAUUGACAACAUGCCUGUGACGUGGUGCUACGAUGUGGAAGAUGGUCAGAAGUACUGCAACCCUGGCUUCCCAAUUGGCUGCCUCGUUACAUCAGUGGGCCGACCUAAAGAUGCUUGUGUCAUCAACUCUGAGUUCAACAAGAAGAACACGUUUUAUGUCUUCAACCAUGUGGACAUAAAGAUCACUUACCACAAUGGAGAAUCAGAAGGAUGGACAGGAGCUCGUCUGGUCACUGCCACUCUGGAGCCAAAGAGUAUCAAACAGGCAGAUGAGAAAAACCCAAGCUGUGAAGGAACCAACCCGAUGGAGGUUCCUGUGGAGUUUAACGAAGACGUCUCUAUAGUUUACACCUACUCCGUCACAUUUGAGGAAAACAAUUCAAUCAAGUGGGCCUCUAGGUGGGACUACAUCCUGGUCUCCAUGCCUCACACCAACAUCCAGUGGUUUAGCAUCAUGAACUCCUUGGUCAUUGUCCUCUUCCUGUCUGGCAUGGUUGCCAUGAUCAUGCUGAGGACCCUGCACAAGGAUAUUGCCAGAUACAACCAGGUGGACCAGGGAGACUUGAUAAAGGUUCCACCGCCCAAGGAAAACCACUCUCUACCCUAUGAGGAUGCACAGGAGGAGUCCGGGUGGAAGCAGGUGCACGGGGAUGUUUUCCGUCCCCCCCGGAAAGGCAUGUUGUUGUCUGUGUUCCUUGGACAGGGCACCCAGAUCUUCAUCAUGACCUUCAUCACACUCUUCCUGGCCUGUCUGGGUUUCCUGUCACCAGCCAACAGAGGGGCUCUCAUGACGUGUGCCGUGGUCCUCUGGGUUCUGCUUGGAACCCCCGCCGGCUACGUGUCUGCUCGCCUUUACAAAACUUUUGGAGGUGAGAAGUGGAAGACGAACGUCUUGCUGACAGCACUCUUGUGCCCAGGUAUUGUGUUUGCAGACUUCUUCUUGAUGAACCUGAUCCUUUGGGUGGAGGGUUCCUCGGCAGCGAUCCCCUUUGGCACUCUGGUGGCUAUAUUGGCCUUGUGGUUCGGAAUCUCUGUGCCCCUCACCUUCAUUGGUGCCUACUUUGGGUUCAAGAAAUCUGCAAUUGAGCAACCAGUGCGAACAAACCAGAUCCCCCGCCAAAUACCUGAGCAGUCUUUCUUUACCAAACCUAUUCCUGGCAUAGUAAUGGGUGGCAUCCUUCCCUUUGGCUGCAUCUUCAUUCAGCUCUUCUUCAUCCUCAACAGCAUUUGGUCUCACCAGAUGUACUACAUGUUUGGAUUCCUGUUCCUGGUUUUCAUUAUUCUACUCAUCACCUGCUCUGAGGCCACAAUCCUUCUCUGCUACUUCCAUCUAUGUGCUGAGGACUACCACUGGUGGUGGCGUUCCUUCCUGACCAGCGGCUUCACAGCGGUCUACCUGUUCAUCUACGCGGUGCAUUACUUCUUCUCAAAGCUGCAAAUAAUCGGAGCAGCCAGCACAUUCCUUUACUUUGGAUACACCUUGAUCAUGGUCCUUAUCUUCUUCCUCUUCACAGGUACAAUUGGCUUCUUUGCCUGCUUCUGGUUUGUAAAUAAGAUCUACAGUGUGGUGAAGGUGGACUAGAGGACUGAAGGAAAGACUGACUCCUUGCUGUCGCAGCAUUGGCCUCCUCAGUGCUGCCUGUGUGACAAAGUGGUCCGAAUAGACCUGAAUUGAAACCAUCACUUAAGAUAGAAAAGACCUGAAGAGCAGAGCCCGUCCUCUUUUGUGCUUUAAACCUAUGUCUUCUUUUUUUUUUUUUUUAAAUAUAAUUUUGUGUUCACUGUUGAGCAGUAAUAUUUUGAGUGGCGCCUUGAAAAUCAGUGUGGGUUCCAAUGAUCUCAUUUUCAUAGUGAGCAGUUUGUUUUGGUGGGUUUAACAAGAAAAGGUGAAAUGUUUUCUAAAGAAAGUAAAAUGCCCUGUUGAUUUUUAUAUUAUGUCUAAAUGUCUAAACUUUGUUUUUCAGUCAUUACUUAUAUUGUAAAGAUUAAAAAAAAAAGUGUACAUAUACUGUACAUAGCGAGCGAGUGAGUGAGAAAAGGCUUCUUAAAGAUUGUCACCGUUACGGAACCUUCUUUUCUUUUCUAUUCUUUCUGUCUGAGGUAAAGUGGAGGCUAUGAAUCCUUAAAAUAUCAGCUUGUAUUGUAGUUAAGAAAUCAUAUAAAACACUGACAUUGCUAUGA